AUGACCAAGGAGCUCGUCACCCCGGACGAGUUCCUCACGCGCCUCACGGCGACGUUUGCUGGGCCGUCCAAGAGCUCGGUCUGGCUUACACACAAGCGAUACACGUACGAGGACGCGAUGGCGGACCCGGAGGCCGAGUAUGACGUCCUGGUGCGCUGCACGCAGGGCGAGAUCAAGUUCUCAGCGCGGAUCCCCGCUUCGGCGCUCCCCACCUUCCACGCCGCCUACGGCGCGCUCCUCAAGCAGUCAAUGGCACCACACAUGCGCAAGCGCGACAAGAAGAAGGAGCGCGCGCGCGCCGAGGCGGCUGAAAAACGCCGCAAGGAGCUGUACGUCGACGUCGUCAUCGGAACCGAUGGCAAGCGCGGCGCGGGCCGGCGCAAGAGGCAGCGCCAGAUUGCGGCGCAGAAGAAGAAGGAGGCUGAGCGCGAGCGCAUCGAGCUGCGCGACGCGGCGCGGGCGGCAGCGGCGAAGGACGAGUAG